GUCAAUUGUCAUCACUCACCACUUUUUAUUUUGUGAUUGAGAAACAGGAUAAUAAAUAUUCAAUAUCAGUUCAUAAAUAAAAUUAAUAAUUAUUAUAGAUUAUAAAAGAAAUAUGCCUGCGACCUUCAUUCAUAGAAGUAUAUUAACUGUUGGAUUUUUAUCAUUAUUCCACGCCGCGUAUUCAGCAGCCCAACACAGGUCAUAUCUUCGAUUAAACGAUUUAGACUUUACACAUCUACCACUAGACAUAUUUUUACAAGCCCUAGUUAGUCUGUUCAUUAUAAUGUAUGGCGUAUUAAAUAUAACCGGAGAUUUCAAAGAAAUUAAAGCUGCAGCGGAGUUAGAUAACAAGUCAUGGGAAACGUUUAGAAAUAUACCAUCUUUUUACAUAUUUAAUCAUCGUGGUGGUAAAUCUUCUCCAGUGUUAACAAAGACCAGUUUAGAGGAAAUUGAAUAAAAACAAUAGGAACCAAGUAACUGUUAGAUCUUUUCUAUAAGUAUUAUAAUAAAAUUAAAAACUCAGUUGGAUUUUUUUUCUCUAAAAUUGAUUUAUGGCUCCAUAUUAGGUGAAUUUGGAUAGUCAGGGCCUGAAGCGAAGUUCUUAUGGUGCUUUUAACUGCCAUUUAAGCAUAUUGAACUGUCACUAUCGGAAUAAAUAAACACUAAAAGGGUAAUUUGGAAAUAAAAAUCCUCACUCAAAAUUAUGUUUUUAGAACUGUAACCCAAGAUCAAGCUGUAUUAAAUCUUCUGCCGUUGGAUCAAGUGGAAUUCACAUAAACUUUAUUUUUUGUUGUCCUUUCAUACUUACCUCACUUAAUAUCAAAAAAGAUAUGGACAAAAGCACUAUUGUAAUUAAAAAUACAAAUUAAUACUAAAUAGUUUCACAAAAUAAUUCUACUCUUUACAGUUUUAAAUUUGUCUAUUACAAAUCAAUAUUAGAUGCACAGUCCCAUUCAAUAUUUAGUAAUGCUAUAUUUGUCCUUAGACAUGGUCGACCUAUAAAAAUAUAAUAUUUGUUAGUUUAUUAAAAGACAUUUCGCCUGUUGCAGUGUUUAGCAAUUGUUAAUAAAAAAAUAAUAGAUAUAUUUUGCAUAAAUUAGGAAACCUGAUUCCAUUUUUUUUUAAUUAGGAAAUUCAGUUUUUAAUUUAUAUUCCUCAUUUAUUUCAGAACUGAAUACCUUGAUAAUUUAUAAUACUUUCUGAGCCUUUAUUUUUAAUCUGAUUUUUGUGAAAUUUUCAGGAAAUAAUUAAACUUAGGGUGCCUUUUGUAAACCUUUGAAAAGUAUUUUGAAAAUUUUUAAAAAGAAUAAAAAAAAACAUUUACGUGCCAUAAUGUAUUAAAUUUAUGAAAAUUUACUGCUUUUUUAAUUGGAUUUUCCCACCUUUUUCUCAAACAUCUCUGUAGAGUGCUGCAAUAUCCUUGCACAAAUUUAAAGCUCUCAAUAUUUUCGAUGUGCUUAAUAUCACUAAGUAUUCCCAGUGUCACACAUAUAAAUACAAUUUUAUAUUAGAAAUCCCUUAAAACAUUUUUGCUUUCGCAAGAGUUCCAGUUUGCUCUUAAUAGACUACAAAACGAUUUGUAUUCAACUAUUUCCAGUUAGAUAGAAGAUAAGCAUGAAAUUUAGUUUGUAAUCAGAAAAGUCAUCAAAUGUGUUGUUUGAAUAAAUGUAUCCAUACAAAAAUAUACAACUAGGGCAAUUUUCUAUGUAUCCAAAGGUGUUUUUCAUAGUGAAUAAGUUUUCAACGGAUUUUUACUUUCCUAUCUGUAUACAGAUAAGGAAAGUAUAGGAAUCAUGAUUUUUUUCGACCUCCAGUUUUCGACGAAUUUUUACGUUUUGGGGUCCCGUGAAUCCGUUUUGACUAUUUUUGGAAUGAUGUGUGUGUGUGUCUGUAUCCACCAUAACUCAUGAACCGAUACAAAGAAAAACACCAAAUUUUAAACUUAAGCUUUGUUUCGGCCUGCGGUGAACUGAUUAGAUUUUGGGCAGAGUCAGAACAUUUGGGGGGUACUUUAUUGGUGGUCAUUUUUAUAUUUUAUGGAAUAUAUCCGUUAUUUACGUUUGGAGAAG